CAUAAUUAUUUCUUGUGCAUAAUGUCUUAAUGAUAUUCAUAAAGUGAUGUGGGGUUGUAGCUCUUUACCAGAGGCUCAUUACCUAAAGUACAUGUUGCUACAUGUAGCUAGCUAGGAUGAUGAGUGAGGUGAAGGCAAGGUUUGGAGUGCUGACAGUGAGUGAUCGCUGCUCCUCAGGACAAGCCAUCGACUCGAGUGGCCCUGCCAUUGUCGACACAUUACUACACACUGAUCAGUUGGGUGUGGUCACAGGAGACGUCAUUUCACGCUGUGUUCCAGACCAGGUCAACGCUAUACAGGAGGUGCUGAGGGAGUGGGCGGAUGAGCUGGGACUUUCCCUCAUACUAACGACCGGGGGCACUGGUUUCUCCCCUCGUGAUGUCACUCCUGAGGCAACACGCCCACUCAUUGAGAAGGAGGCUCCCGGCAUUGUGGUUGCCAUGGUUUCCAAGUCGCUGGAGGUGACUCCGAUGGCCAUGCUAUCAAGACCAGUAGCUGGUGUCCGUGGAAACAGCCUCAUUGUCAAUCUCCCUGGCAGCAAGAAAGGUUGUGUUGAGUGUCUACAGUUUAUUCUGCCAGCUCUUCCCCACGCACUAGACCUGCUGUCUGACAAUGCCUCGGCUGUGACAGCCACUCACAAGUCACUGUGUCCACAUCAUCACUCCAAGCAUCUGACAGACAAGAAACGAGAUCGUUCCUCAUUCGUGCCGCUGACUCAGCGAUCUCGUCACUCCCUCUACCCCCUCUUCCCAGUGGACCACGCCCUCUCUCUCGUCCUAUCACACUCUCACACCCUCACAACCCUCACACGCCCACUACACACCACUCUGGACUGUGUGCUCAACGAGAGGAUGAUUGCCUCGCGACCUUUGCCCCCGUGGCCUGCCUCUAUCAAAGAUGGUUACGCUGUGCUCUCAAGCGAUGGUCCAGGAGAGCGGCAAGUGUUGUCAGGGGCAACCGCAGGGGAAAUGCCUGAUUGUCAAGUUGUGUCAGGAUUCGUUAGUCGUAUAACUACAGGGGCUCCCCUUCCCCAUGGGGCCGAUGCUGUGGUUCAGGUGGAGGACACGGAGCUAGUGGAGGGGGAGGGGGAUGAAGAGAGGGUGGUGAGAAUACUGGAGAGUGUAUCACCUGGUACAGACGUGAGGGCAGUAGGAGUGGACAUUGCCGAGGGUGAGGAGGUGUUGUCAGGGGGUGUGGUGUUGGGUCCCUCUGAACUGGGCCUCCUUGCUUCUCUGGGGGUCACAGAGGUCAAGGUGGUGGCCACACCCACUGUGGCAGUACUCUCAACCGGUAACGAGGUGGUUAGUCCAGGUGAAGAGUUGGGCCCUGGGCAGAUAUAUGACAGCAAUCGCACUUCCCUCCUGGCCGCUGUACGAAAGGCUGGUGCCACUCCCCUGGACCUGGGCAUUGCUAGAGACAAUCGAGAGAGCCUGGUGGAGAAGCUAACAGAGGCACUGUCUACUGCUGACGUGGUUGUAACUUCAGGGGGGGUCUCCAUGGGCGAGAAGGAUCUGUUGAAGCCAGUGCUGGAGAAUGACUUUCAAGCAACUAUUCACUUUGGACGAGUGCUCAUGAAACCAGGGAAGCCCACCACCUUUGCCACUGUGGACUGGAGGGGAGUACAGAAGCUGGUGUUUGCUCUACCAGGUAACCCCGUCUCCUGCACUGUGACCUUUCACCUCUUUGUGCUGCCGGCCCUCCGCAAGAUGGCAGGCCACACCCACCCACAUCUUCCACGCAUCACUGUCAAGCUGGGGCACCCGGUGACCUUUGACCCUCGUCCUGAGUACCACAGAGCCUCCUUGGAUUGGUCAAGUGGUGCUCCCAUAGCAACCAGUACGGGAAGUCAAUGCAGCAGCCGAUUGGCCAGUAUGCGUUCCGCUGAUCUUCUUCUAGAGCUACCUGCGUCUUCUGAAGGUCAAAGGUCGAUGGAGAAAGGGGAUCGUGUAACUGCCCUAGUUAUAGGGAAGCACUGAAACAAUAAUUAGCAAUAAAAAUUGAUUUGUGAUAACUUUCUAUCGUUUUGAGGUGGUUUGGUUAACGA